AAGAAACUACUAGUCUAUAUUUCGAGUGACAGAGACAACAAACAAUGAAUCCAAUUAAGAAACAAACAACCUUUUUGCGGUGAAUUUAAUUUCAUUGCAUCAAAAGGUAAUCUUUCAGCAAACAAGCCCGUUCUGUAAUCGUAGGUUGUCUAACUGAACUCAGAAUCUAUCACUUUCAGCCACAGUUGUUAAUAACCGAGUGAGAAUGGAACGAAGAACAUAACUAGUCUUCAUCUGACCCCACCUUACUACCAACCAAACACUCACAAUUACCUCUUUCAAACAUUUCCAAUUUCAACUCUUCACAUUUCUACAUUCAUUUUUUCUCAUUCAUCCCAUUCAGUCUCUCCUGUUUAGCUUCUCAAGGCAUAUCAGAAGAGUAGUUACAUUACAUACCUGGAUCAUUAUGAGUUGUGGCUGCUUUGGAGCCUCAACUCUCAAGAAGAAAAAGACUCCACCUAAUACUCCUAAUGAAAUUGAUGGGUAUCCACUUGAUAAUAUUAUGCAUUUUUCUGAAAAAGACUUGAGACUGGCCACUGAUAAUUAUCAUCCAAGCAAAAAGAUAGGACGGGGAGGUUUUGGCACAGUUUACCAGGGAACCUUAAAAAAUGGAAGACAAGUAGCAGUGAAGAGCCUUUCAGCUAGCUCAAAGCAGGGAGUUCGUGAAUUUUUAACUGAAAUUAAAACUAUAUCUCAUGUUAAGCAUCCAAACCUUGUUGAAUUGGUUGGUUGCUGCGUUCAAGAACCUAAUCGUACUUUAGUUUACGAAUACGUAGAAAAUAACAGCCUUGAUCGUGCAUUACUAGGAAAUACAAGCACAAACAUUAAGCUAGACUGGGGAAAAAGAUCUAACAUAUGCAAAGGUACUGCUAAAGGUCUUGCAUUUCUUCAUGAAGAAGUUGUUCCUCGCAUUGUGCACAGAGACAUCAAGGCUAGCAAUAUAUUACUCGACAGAGACUUUAAUCCAAAAAUAGGAGAUUUUGGGUUGGCUAAGUUAUUUCCAGACGACAUCACCCACAUUAGCACAAGAAUUGCUGGAACAACCGGUUACUUAGCGCCCGAAUACGCAAUGGGUGGCCAGUUAACCCUGAAGGCUGACGUAUAUAGUUUUGGCGUUCUAAUACUUGAAAUAAUUAGCGGCCAAAGCAGUGCCAAGACAAACUGGGGAGGCUCGAAUAAAUUCCUCUUGGAAUGGGCCUGGCAACUUCAUGAAGAGGGAAAACUGUUGGAGCUAGUGGAUCCAGACAUGGUUGAAUAUCCUAAGGAUGAAGUGAUUAGGUACAUGAAAGUAGCUUUUUUCUGCACACAAGCAGCUGCAAGCAGAAGACCAAUGAUGUCACAGGUUGUUGAUAUGCUUUCCAAGAAUAUAAGGCUUAAUGAAAAGCAAUUAACAGCACCAGGAUUCUUCCAGGCUUCAGGAGAAUCCUCUCUAAAGAAGUCAUCCUUUGAGUCCACAAGCCAUCAGUUUAGUUCUGUACCUGCCAGUUUUACUCAGGUCAGCCCGCGGUGAUGCCGGAAUCAAAGUAUUGUGUGAAUUGCAGAGUUGAUAAAUAGAUGAAAAAGUGAAAAGAAAAAAAAAAUCAAAAGGAGAUUUCUCCAUCUUCAUUUUUAGUUUAAUAGAUUUUUUUGGUCUUCUUUUAUCUAUCUUUUCCCUUUUGUUUAUCUAUAGCAACGUUUUUCUCUCACGGGUUUAUAUUUUUUUCUUUAGAUGCUCCUUCAAGCAGCAUUUGAGUUUAUGAAUCAUAUUUUCAGUC